CAUCGAGGCUUCCGUGACUCGCUUUUAUAUUGCCUUGGACGUUUGCAAAUGCAGAACGACCACACCGCAUCUGACCAACUGUGUGGAUCGUGAAGCGCUCUUCAUCCGCCCUCCGCGAUAUGAAUAUCAACGCGCUCCUGUCGCCGGACGACAGCAGACACGCGAGGCCUGUGCAACCAACACCCGCUGCGCCAGCGAACGAAUAUUCACAGACCCAACAUCAAGGGCACCAAUAUCAGCCUCAUCCUAAUUCCCAACAAUAUCCGCCUUCAGAUCCAUAUCAGCCUCAGCAGCAGCUGCAACAACCGCAGCAAUAUCAGCACACUUAUUCGUCGCAUCAUGGAAUGCUAAAUCAUCAACCGCCUCAUCAAGAAGCACACCAGCAACAAACAGCCCAUCAACAAGCACCCCAUCCUCAAGCAGCUCAUCAACAAGCACUCCAUCAACAAGCACUUCACCACCAAAUAUCCCACCAUCAACCAUCUCAUCAGCAAUCGCCACAUUUGCAAGCGCACCAUGUACAGGCUCAUCAGCAGCAGCAGCAGCAGCAGCAAUACCAACAGCCUCCACCUCUGCCGCAAGCUAGUAACUCUCAGCAUCGAGCCCGACAAUUAGCGUCCAGCAGCAGACACUCGCCUUCGGGCCUAAGCCACGAGGUAUCCCGGUCACCUGAUCGUGUAGAUUCAUCUUCAACGCAGUAUGCAAACCCUCCCAUCCAGCAUGUCGGCGGCAAUUCCAGGAGUGUAAGGCGUCAAGUCCUCAAUGCAGAGUCGUCGCCGACAAAGGGACUGGGAGACGCUCAUCAGCGCCCACAGCCCACAAGCAAUCCAGCCCCGACUAUGAAUUACACAGGACCUGUGUCGCAUCGUCCUGCGGCUCCCCAUCGACCCGUGUCAAGCCCUCAGGUGGACUUGGCUCCUGAUCGCGCGUCAGCCCACCAUCGUAAACAAGCUCACCGGGCCCAGUCCGCAAAUGAUGUGCGAAACACUGAGCGUCGCGAUACGCAACCAUCUCCGCUGCCGUCUCCGUCUGCAGCAGAACCGCAUCCUAUCGUUCGCAACCUUUCCCGGCAGUCUCUUGCCGAACUGACCUUAGCUGAUGCGCCUGCUCCAACUCCGCCGCCACGUGAUGUCUCAUCGUCAGCCUUCUCAGCAGCUGAAUCUAAGACUGUGACUGAGCUCCUGAGUUAUCUGGGAUCAAAUCCGUAUGCGUACGACCAGCAUGUGCAAUUGGUGGGCUUGCUCCACAAAGGAUUUCUUGCUCACGUCCAUUCAUCUGAUACGGCUGCUUCUGCGACCCACGCCAAAGACUAUUCCUUGUUGGUAGAACUUCGGCAGGCACGUGAGGCGCUUGACACCCGCUUUGCGGUAGGCGAGGAUAUAUGGUCCGACUGGCUCUCCGAUGAAGUUCUUCUCGCGACUUCAACUGAAGAACGUAUGACUGUGACUGAGCUUUUCCAAAGAGCGGUUCAAGAUGAGCCAAUGUCGGUAAAGCUUUGGCUAGCGUACAGCGAAUGGAUAGCGGUCAACCACGCAGCUUGCUAUGACUCUUCUGGUUCGAUAGCACCAGGUUGGACUGCAGAGAGCAUAUCAGAGUGCCAGGAACUGUUCACUAAGGAUACGUUGCGAAGCGUUCUGGAACAGGCAGUCAUUGCAACCCGUUGGCGAAUCGACGAGAGUCACCUCCUUUGGUCCCGCUUAGUGCCUCUGGUCCUCGACGAGCUGCCGCAAACGCCAUCGUCCGACGACGUGGAGCGUUUGCGCACAUUCUUCUUGCAGCGUAUGCAAAUACCACAUGCCGAGCCUCACCUGAUUGAACAGGCGUUUUGGUCGGCGAUUUCGAGGUUUCAAGGGGCGGAGUGGGAGACCGUCAUGGAACACGCAAAGCACCACGCCGAAUCUUCAAAGGAAGAAUCCAAUAGACGUAAAGAUGGUGAAUUCUCGUUGCAGCGAGCGACGCAAGAGUCAGAUUCUCAAGCAAUACGGAAAGCGUUCGAAAAGUACUUGCUAGCCGAGAAGUUUCGCAAGCCCCGGGGCAAUUUCUACUACGAGCUUCGAUGCGCGCUCUACGAGCGAGCUCUACUCCGGUUUCCAGUCGAGGCUGCAUGGUGGCUGGACUACAUUGAUUUCGCCAUGAGUGCUCCGGAAUCGGAGAAUAUUUCACUCUUACCUCUCAUCGAACGAGCGACUCGCCACUGCCCAGGCUCUGGUGACCUGUGGUCGCGGCGCAUCCUCCGUGCCGAUGUAGAACGAAAAUCACGAGACGAGGUAGAAGCCAUCAAGCAUCGUGCUACUAAUUCUGGCCUAUUGGACCUCGGCGGCAUGGAAGAAAUGGUUAAGAUGCUACAACAGUGGUGUAGCUACCUACGUCGCCACGCUUUCAGUCGUAUCAAUUUAGAGGAUGACGUCGACACUGCCGAGUUUGGAAUCAUGUCUGCUCUCGAUGAUAUCCACCAAGCUGGCAAGAUGAUCUACGGACCUGAUUUUCCCGGAGAUCCUCUAUUCAGGUUGGAGCAAGUACAAAUCAAGUUCUACACCGAGAGUCGGCGCACGGACGAAGCUCGCAAGAUUUAUGAGUCCCUCGCCCAGCAACAGCUGUACGCACGAUCGUACGAUUUUUGGAACAAGUAUUACAACUGGGAACUAUGGCUCUGGGGAUUUGACCGACUGGUAGAAAAGCAUCGAGUGGAGACUAUCGAGAACGGACCGCAUCGCGCCACAAAGGUCGUGCAGAAAGCACUUGCUCAAAAGACACUGGAUCUUCCUGGCAGUGUUUUGGAGCUAUAUUUGUACCAUUUCCAGCAGCAUGAGUCAGCAGAAAAGCUGCAAGCGGCGUUGGUCGAUUCGAGGAACUUCACGCUGAGACUCGCCAAACAAGCUGCCAAAGAGGCUGCAGAGGCUGCAGAACUACAAGCACAAUAUGCGGCAGCGGCAGUCGUCGAUCCAGUAUCUGCGCAGGUGAAAGAAGAGCCUGUCAAGGGAGAGAAGCGCAAGCGCGAGGAAGAAACCCUGACAGAUGACAAUGAGAGCGCAAAGAAACCAAAGGUUGAUGGGGACGAUAAGGUCGAAGGAGAUCACGGCAAACGCGACCGCGAGCACAACACCGUUUCAUUGAAGAAUCUCCCUAUUGGAACAACAGAAGAAGACAUCAAAGACUUCUUCCAGGACUUUGGCACCAUACUCGCAAUCAAUGUAUUACCAAUCAUCGGAGCUAACGACAGGUCCACCACUGCUACAGUUGAAUUUGAGUCUCACGCCGACGCGACAUCAUCUAUCAUACGCAGUGGUAAGCAAUUGAAGGGGAAUGAAAUCACCGUUCACAGCGGUGGUCAAAAUGUCCUCUACGUCUGCAACUAUCCGCCCGAGUAUAGCGAGGAUGACAUUCGAGGAUUGUUCAAGCACUAUGGGGAGGUCGCCAGCGUUCGAUUUCCAUCUUUGAAUCUCAAUUCUCGGCGUCGCUUCUGCUAUGUGUCUUUCCUCACGGCGGAGAUGGCGAAGAGCGCCGAGGCGGCUGUAGAUGGAAAAAAGCUUGACGGCGUGCACACUCUGAUUGCCAAAAUCUCCGAUCCCAAUGCGAAGAAACACCGGAGCGGUCCCCAAGAAGAGGGCCGUGAGAUCUUCGUGAAGAACAUCGAUCGCAACGGGACUGAAGAGGAGAUCAACUUGUUCUUUGCCGAGUAUGGCAAAAUCGAGUCCUUCCACCUUCUGCGCCACGUCAAUAAGCAGUUGACCGGUACAGGAUUUUUUGUGUACGAAACUGCAGGCGAAGCCAACGCGGCCGUCGAAGGGGCAAACCAAAAACCGUUUCGCGACCGCGUUUUGACAGUCCAGUUGUCGACGCCAAAGGGCAAAAUCGCUCCCCUUGAUCGUAUGAAAAAGCAGGAUAUUCUCAUCAAACAGCCUGGCGCAACUCCAGAGCCGGCCGACCGUAACGGCGACACUCAUGACCGUCGUGAUUCCGACAUCUCGAUGUCCACCUCGACAGCACCCCAACAAGCCGAUAGCGAAUCUCACAAAACCAUUCGUGAACGCAAGAUAGCCAUCUUCAAUCUACCUGACACGGUCAACGAUGCGCGAGUGCGUUCAGUCAUGGAGCACUAUGGGCCCCUUACAAAGAUUCAGAUGCGUCGGGACAUUCAAGGCGCGAUCGUGGAGUUCACCAAUCUCAAGGAUGCCUUCAACGUUCGACAGGGCGUGGACGUCAGCAGUCUCGGAACUGGGGUCGUCACAGGUGAUGUCGGCGACCUUUUAGCAAUAAAAAAGAAUAAAAAAGCGGCUGCUGUCGGCGGUGGCAGUGGUGGAGGCAGCGCUCUCUCAAUGAUGCCGACUUCCAUCGCGAAAGGUCUCGGUGGAGGACGAGGGCGCGGCGGACUAGGAACGAAGCGAGGCGGUGGUAGAACCCCGUACAGCGCUGCACGCUCGGAAGAAACGCCCGCAGCUAGCAAGACUCCUGCCGCAACCGUCGACGGUGAAGCAAAGAGCAAUGCGGACUUUCGACGCAUGUUUGCGGCAUCUGCGACAGAGAGCAAGGGGGAAUGACAGGCGGCGGGGCCCCAGUAGCUUCUUUUUGUACAACAUCUUUUAUUCAGAGAUCAGGGAACAAUCGUUUUGUGGCGGCGUUCCACAUUGAAGUGAAAAGAAA